AUGCCUGCUGACUCAACCACUGCUCACCCCGGUCGUCGUCUCUUCCCUGUGGCCAUAGACGAAAUCGCUGAGAAUGACCCGGCCAGAACUUGGGCUUCGAUUCCCCUGUCAUCUACUCUGUCCCACGGGUAUCGGGACAUCUCUUUUCGCGCUUUCGCAAAUGCAAUCAACCGCGCUGCACGCUUCAUCAGGACUACCUUUGGCUCCGCCGCCCAUUUCCCAACUCUGGCCUAUGUCGGCAAAUCCGACAUGAGAUAUCACAUAUUGUCCAUGGCAGCUGCCAAAACUGGCUACCAGAUUCUGUUUUCGUCUCACAUCAACAGCCUCGCAGCCCAUUUGAAUCUGCUCCAGCUGUGCGACUGCCAUCUUUUCCUCUCUGCAGAAGGCGUGGAUGUGUCAGACAUACUAGCUGCUCGGUCAAUGAACCAUGCUGUCUGCCCAGAGUUAGAUGAACUGCUAGACCCUACUCCCGCAGAAAAGUACCCAAUGCCCAAAACGUUCGACCAAGCCGCUCAAGAUACUUUCUUGAUCUUGCACAGUUCAGGCACGACUGGCCUCCCAAAGCCUAUUCGCAUCACCCAUGCGCAGAUGGCCGCCAAUGACCAGAUUACUCAGUUGCCCGAGGAGUGUCAGUGUGGAGGCCCCGGCUUUCGCAGGAUCAACCCUCUGAACGCUACAGCCGGAAGACUGAUUGUGCCAUUUGCCCCCUUUCAUGUCAUCAGCACCAUAAUCCUGAUGUGUUUCACUGUCUUUGGCAAGACCACAUAUGUUUUCGGACCUUCGGACCGGAGUAUGAAUGCAACGGACUUGCUCGACGCCAUUGUGUAUGGCAAGGGGAAUUGCAUCUUCUGCGCUCCCGCGGUUCUGGAGAAAUAUGCCUCUUCGGAUCAAGAUCUCGCAAGGCUAAGUUCAUUAUCUAGUAUCACGUAUGGCGGUGGUGUGCUUUCGCCUCGAGCCGCAACCAUCCUCACAAAUCGCCUAAAGGACACUACAUUUACCCAAUUCUUCGGCGCCACAGAGACCGGGUGGUGGGCACUCUACCAGGUCGGUACGGAGGAGAUGGAAUAUCUAUCGAUCGACGCGUGCCAUAUGGGCAUAGAAUGGCGUCCUGUGGCAGCCGACAGCGAAACUCAACCAUCAUCUUCCGCGAUAGCAGUUGGUGACUCGAAAUCACAGCCCGCUGCCACCACAACACUCCAUGAACCGGUUAUAGUUCGUUUCAAAGAUCCAACGGCCGUGUCCCGUCAAACCGUCUUCCAAACCUUCCCACACCUAAGCGAGUACGCGACGGGCGAUCUCUUCGCCCCUCACCCGAGUCGGCCCUGCACGUGGAAAUUCGCGGGCCGCGUUGACGACCUGAUCCUCUUCGGCCACGGCAUCAAAUUUCACCCGGCCGGCAUUGAGGCCAAGAUCCAACACGGCCACGAUCGGGUCCAGGACGUGCUGCUAUGGGGAGACGGGCAUCAGCAAGCAAUUGCAUUGAUUGAGCUGACGGAAGAGGGUCUAAGGGAUAUGGAGCGGGGAGGUGCAGACGCGGCGCAGCUGCGGAGUGAAAUAGAACUCUUGAUCGACCAGGUCAACGUUGAAGCGCCUGUAAUUGCGAAGCUCACCAAGACGCAUGUUGUCUUCGCCGCGAGGGAGAAACCCCUUCCUCGUACGUCAAAGGGCAGUUUACGCCGCAGGGAAGCAGCCAGAGUCUACCGGGCCGAGAUUGACGAGGUGUAUCGAGUGCAUGGUGACCAAAUGGGGAGCAUGAUGUCAAGAGUGCACUAA